AGUUGGCGGUAAGUGCAAAUCCUAUCGUUACUUGUUGUGUCUGUUGGUCGUAUCUUACUGCUCUCUUUUCGCGAACUCCGGUCAGUUGUUGCGUAAAUACAGAGAAAUAUUAACCCAGCUAAUUAUUUAAUAGUAAAAAUACAAGAAUUUCCCCCUUUAUAGAUGAAAACAAUUAGUUGUCAUGUCCAAUAUUAUUUUGUUGCCCGGCUAAAUGUCUUUUGAAAGUUAGGAGGUAGUGGUUCUACCGUUGUUUUAAAUCUUACGGUAGUCAGCGUGGUCUCUCCUAUCUCUUCGUCGGGAUUUUUGGAGAAUAAACAAUUUUCGUUUACACCAUUUUUUUUGGGGGGGGGAUGACGCCUUCAUUCUCCUCUCUUUGUUUGCUUUGAAUGUAAUACGAAUUUUAUGGUCUGUGUUAUCGUCUUGGUUGAUUCUGUCAUUUUUUAAUGACCACGUUUUCUGUAUUUUGUCUCAAGUCAGACAUGAAAGUCAUGUAAUCACAAUUUGUUUCAACGUUCGCACUUGAGUUUUGGCACAGUACUUGUACAUUAAUUCUUUUGCAAUGUAAUCAUUAAAACAUAACAUCCAGCUCAAAAUAGAUAGACCCUCAGGUGUCAGUUCUCCAUAGGCCUUUAUUAUGGCAAUAGCGUUUUGGAUAAUACUUGUCGGUGUCCGUGUCCCUCACUGUUCUUUACUUAGUUAUGCAAGAAAUGUACCUUUUUUAUACAGAUGGAUUGCAGUCAGUUUGGCGGACUAUAAAACUCAUGGCUGUUUCUGUACCUUGCUUGAAAGUAACAGUAGAUGUUGAUGGCUGUGAUGUACCGGCUGAACAGAAGGACCAAAUAUUGUCACCAAUUUAUUGUUCAUGUCAGUCUGAAUUUUGCAACUGCGGUUCCACAUUAGCGAUUACUCAGGCUUCUGCUGCAAAGAUUUAUCACCACUUAGGUUUUCCAAAAGGAAGGAAUGAAAUAUUAGAACAGGGUUAUAGAUCAAAUGCUCUUCAUAUUUGGGGUACUCACAAUCUUAGUACAGAGGAUGUUUUAUCUUGGUUAUCUGAUUACAGCCCAAAAUGUAUCGAAUGGAUAAAUGAUGCAUCAUGCAAUGUCGUGUUUGAAGAUGAAAAUACUGUUCUACGCGCUAUAGCCGAUUUCGCUGAACCAUUUGAUCGUCGUGUUGCAUUAGCUGCAGCUGCUGCUUUGGCCUCACUCUUAGAAAAAGAUGAUAUUAAUCAUGUAGGCUUAAGUCAGUCAGAUAAUUUAGACGAAAUAUUUGAAGAUCGUAAAUCUCUGACAUUAUCAAAUGAAACACUGGAUUCUAUUGAACAAUUUUCUCAACAUCUACCUCCAACCGGACGUUGGUAUAAGGCAUUAUCAGUUCCACCUCAAACAAUAUCACUUUUUCUACGAUUCCCACAUAAAACGGAUGUAAAACUACCUGGGGCAGAACGUCGAAGUCUUUAUUACCGCCGUUUUGGUAACCCUAAUUAUGGUGGAAUGACUGGUAUUUUAAGUCGUUCAUACAGACGUCGUGUUCGGAUAUCGCGAAUUAAAUCCAGCAACGAUCCUAACGGUGACUCGCGUCAUAUUGAAAGUUUAUCUGCACAAUUCGCCGAGCUGGUUGCCAACGCUUAUGAUGAUCCCGAUUCAGUAGUUAGUCAAAUCGUUGGUAAUAGUAACUACAAUAUAUGGAAUUCGGCUUCUCAAGCACCUGCACCUGAGCGCCCACUUAUUGUUUACGAUAAUCUGUAUGACGAGUCAGAUCAAGUAGCUCAUCCCGCAAUAUUUCCCAAAUAUACUACAAAGUCUAACACAAGACAGCGUCGAAAUGCUAGCGAGUUUCCUGUACCUAAACCUCGACGACAGCCUCACAAAUGGCCUCGUCGAGAUCGCGGUCCAAUACCAAAUCGCUGGUUGACGAAUGAAGACGAUGACGAAGAUGAGGAUGAUAUAUUUGAAACUCCAGAACCUGGGACGAUUGUAGUUUUAGAUCCACGGGAACCAUGGGGGAGUGCAUUGUCUGGUGACUCUAAACCAUCCCUGCGCUCAAGUGGCUCUAGUCGUGUCAAACCUGCUAAUCGUCAUUAUCCUCGUAGCAUUGCAACAGUAACAUUAAUGCCUGAUACCGAUGUUAAUGAUGGUAUUAAUUUAGUUGAGGACGAAAAUGCCCUCAGAACCAGGCGUUUGUUGGCGUCAAUGAGCAUGGUUGCAGAUAUAGAAUCCAACUCCGGAAGACCUCGGUCUGUUUCAGAACGUCUUGGUGUUCCUGGAAAUCGUCCAAUUAAAUCACGUAAACCAAAUAUUUGGCAACGCUUGGGCUAAACUUCGUUUUUUUAUUUACUUUUCUUUGUAGAAGCCUUUUAAUUUCCUUCGCCGGAUCCUUCUGUUGUUAUAUUAUAUAUUUUUAUCUUUAGUCUAGUGUGUAUAUAUAUAAAUAUCCAGUAUUAUCCUUCCUGCUUUUCUUAAUUUCACUCACAGCGUGUAUUAUUCUAACCACUAGUUGUAAAUAUAAAAGAGAUUUAUUUACACUAACAA